AUGACCUCCACCGUCCUUGCCAACGAGCUCGCCAACUUGAUAUCAGAGGCGAAGAGAAAGAAUCAGGAGCUCCGUACCGCAGCAGAAAAGUCUCUGCAAGAUCUCAAAAGCCUUCCGGCGACUUCAGAGCAGCAACUUGCGGCAGACUUGAGCCGACGCUCUUCAUUCAUUGAGCCUUUUCUCCUCGCAUGUGCCACACGAAAUGCCAGAUUUGCUGGCAGCGGCUUGACAUGUCUUCAACGCCUGGUCGUAUCUCGAGGUCUACCCCGUUCGAAACUCCAGGAGACUCUGGAGGCCUUCAAUGCUUGCACCGACCUUGGUCUGGAGAGCCAGUUGAAGAUCCUGCAAGCUUUGCCAUCUUUGCUACAAAACUACGCUGAAGAUUUGAAGGGUGAUCUGCUGAGUGGGGCCCUUGAAGUAUGCUCAUCUCUGCAGAGUGCGAAGGCACAAACAGUUAGUGGAGUAGCAGCUGCCACCCUCCAGCAGCUGGUCACGUCUGUAUUUGAGAAAGUCGUAACUGAGGACGCGCGCGCCAACAAUGUCCCGGCACAAAAUGAGGUCCCUGGCCAAGACGGUCCUCUCAAGCUCCGGCCAGCUGCAUUCGAUGCUUACCGAGUCUUCCGUGAUCUCGCGCUGGCCGCUGAGAACAGAAGGACGAAGUUCGUACAGUUUGAAUCGCUCUCCGAAGAGUCCAGCCUUGAGCUCAUUUGGUCAUGCAUGAAUGCGAAUCCUACCUUGUUUGCGACUCAUGAAGAGUUUCGCAGUACUAUCAGAUCAAACGUGCUACCCUUUGUUACGCGAGCGCUGUCGGAGAAGUUGAGCUACCAACUCACCUUACGCUCGCUCAGGCUAUUGGACUCAAUCAUCAGUCGCCACAUUUCUCAGUUUUCUGCGGAGUGCGAAGUAGCUCUGGGGCUGCUAAUACAUACACUGGACCCUGACGCAGCUCCCAUGUGGAAACGGGCAACGGUCAUGGAGAUCUUGCGCAACUUCUUCGCCGACGGAGUCCGCGUGGUCGAUGCAUACGCUUUGUACGACAUAACUGACGGUGGUAAGCCGAUCGUGCAAGAUUUGAUGUCUGUGUUCGUCCGGCUAUCAUCAGAGAAGCCUUCCAUAAUAGGUCUCGGACAGCAGUCAACUAUCCCAGUAGGGCCGAUGUCUGCCAGAGACACGACCCCGGAGACGCCGUCUCUAGAAGCUGCAGGAGGCGUUGCCGGCAUGAUCAGCUCUGCACUUGGAGUUGCAGAAACCAACGUGGCCGGAAUCAGUUCGAAGUGGAGCCUGCCUCGCUCUCCAUGUCUGGAACAGCUCGACAAGACCGACGCACCCACUGUGCCAGAGACCUAUAUCUACGCGCUUGUUCUCGAGUGCCUCAAUAGCCUGUCAGACGGUCUGGCAAAGACGACUUUGCCACUGACGGUUCAGCACGAGAAGUCUCGGACAGAGUCUCAGCCGGAGCUCACAGCAAACGGAGAUCAAUCCAACGGUGCACGGCCAUCUGGGAGGAGUCGCUCGCAUUCAUAUCGUAAACGAGCCGCCCCAAUCAAUCCACUAGAUCACAAAGGCCGCACUGCCACACGAGUGCAAGCUGUCCAUGGAUUUGUGGAUUCGUGUUGGCCCGCCGUCCUAGCAACGUCUUCUACUUUCUUGAACGCUGCAAUAGACGAUCAGUAUUACCGGAAUCUGAUCAAGGCUUAUCAACGGUUCGCUCAGGUCGCCGGUCUUCUUAGGCUCAGUACGGCGAGAGACGCAUUGAUGACAACUCUGGGCAAAGCCGCAGUACCGCCACAUAUUCUCAAUGCUGCAACAGCCGAUCCACCCAAGACGCCGUCGACCGAAAGUCCUCGCGUUUUUUCCAAUCCAAAAGGACUCCUGAGUGUGGACACACUCGUCAGUCAAACGUCUUCCCUAUCUAUCGACCGCGACAGGCGCGGCUCAGUAGAGCCCAGUCGACCGAUGCUUACGACUCGGAAUCUACUUUGUCUGAGAGCAGAACUCAAUCUCGCAAUUGCUCUUGGGCCAACGCUCGACACCGCCUAUGGCGUCGUAGUGGAUACUCUGCGCCAGGCUGACACAGUGCUGAGCGCAACUAGCCCACAACAAAUGGUUCGGCAGGGUCUCACUGCUUCGCAAAAAGGAUCAGAGUCGCCCAACGUCGUUCAAGCUUUCACCAACGAGAUCAAUGCGGUCGAGUCGGCGGCCUCGAGGCUUCUUGAAAGUACAGCUGAUUACCCGAACGAGGCGUUCUUGAACGUUUUGAACACAUUCUGCCGGUUGCUCCAUGGCAGAGAUCCAAGCAUCGCUUCCUCUCCACGGAUCAACCAGACGUCUCCACCGCCAACCCCAUCUGCAAAAUCACGCACAUUCUCUGGCUUGACCGGAAUCAGCAGCCUUAGCGAAAUGCGGCUAAGAGAUUACAAGUUCGUUGUCCCGAAGCUUGGGAGUCUGGCUGCAAUGAACAUCGCACGGUUCGUGGCAGACGAACCAGAUGAAAGCGGCUGGAACAUCCUCGUGGAUGAGCUCGUGACCAUUGCCUCCAAAAACGCCCACCCCAAGGAGGCUCGUCGUGCUGCUACAGACGUGCUUUGCAAAAUAGCUGCCGAGAUGGUCUCCGAAGUGAGCGAAGAAGACGCUAUAACGCAGAAGACGAUCCAGAGACGGACCUUCGCCAUUUUAUUGCGCUUGGUAGAUGGCAUAUACGCCGAUGAAGGCGAGCUUACUGCCACCGACAUCAAUGUGCAAGGACAUGUCGUGGAAGCUUUGCGCGCUAUCUUGGAACGCUGCGGCGAGUCCUUAGUGGCCGGCUGGAAUAGAGCAAUUGCCAUCAUUUCCAGUGUAUUUGAGCGGAGUGGUACACCACCGGACAGGCAGGACGAUGAAGAGACGCAUAUCGACUGGGAGAACGUAUCGAAAGAGCUCGUCUCGGUCGAACUGGGCAAAGCUGCUUUUGCGGCCACCCAAUUAAUCUGCUCCGACUUUCUCUCUGCGCUGUCCGGAGCAGUGAUGCCGUCGCUCAUUGAGCUACUCUACCGCUUUGCAGUACAGUCCGACGAUCUCAACAUCUGCCUGAGCACCGUGACGAUGGCCUGGAACGUCUCCGACUUCCUUCUCAGCGGCAUUGCGGAAGACGACCUUGCCAGGUGUGCGAGGGAAGUCAAGGAAGCUGAUGACUUCGAGGAAGAAGUGCAGACAAUGGUGCGAACAUCGAGGCCAGCGCAAUGGCUCCUGCUGCUCUUGCGCCUCCAGCAAAUCAUCGGCGACGGUCACAGAGAAGUCCGCAAAGCUGCGUUUCAGACGCUUUGCAGCAUCUUCAAGAACCACGGCGAGCAGUCGGAGCCGUCAACUUGGGACCUAACUUUGCGCAGCAUCAUCCUGAGGGUAGCGUUCCACGACUCAUUUCUAUAUCACAACCCACCUGCAAAAGAUGAAACAAAAGCGGCGACUUCGGGCUCGCAUGACGAGAGCGUCUCAAGUGCUAUCAUCGCGGGUACUGCAGACAUUGUGUCGCAUCAUCUGCGAGUGAUCGAGCAGAUCUCAAAGCUACCAAGCUUGUGGGAAGCAUUUCUUGCACGGAUGGAGGCAUAUCUCGAUCUUGAGAGCCUGCUGCUUAACACGGCUGUAUACCAAGCCCUGAGACAAGUGCUCGCUCACAUAUCAGUAGACUCGAAAUCUUGGACUGGACCGAUGUAUCGCACUCUCCAUCUAUGGCUGAAACGGAACCCGGCCAACAUCGAAGUCGAAAGCAAGGGCUCGAAUCAGGAGAGUUUCAGCGCCUACAUUGAGGCUGGCAUCGAGCUGUAUCGCCUCACAGAGCAGGGCAUGAGUGUUUCUCAGACAAGGACUUUUGUCGAGAACGUCUACCUGGUGCUCCGGCAUUCCAACGGUCCGCGAUAUGGUGCAGACGCCAGCAGCCUUAGUCCGCUGCAAAGCAAGUCUCUCGACCUACUAAAAGGCAUCCGCUCUGACACCCCAACCACGCUGGUCAUCGUGGCUUCGAAACUCGUUACGCUGCAUCAUGAUGGUGCUCGUGAUGGCCCAGCAAAUGAGAGACCAGCGUUCAUUGCAUUGGCAGGCGAGUCGAUCGAUUGGCUCCAGCAGCUAGUCCUGUCUAACAUCUCCGAUGCGGAACUGCUGGAAAGCGAUGUUGUCACUACUGUCAUCCAUAGCCUGCGCGAUCUCAUCGAGGAGAAAUACAAUUACGCUGCCAACACCAAGGGGACGCCGCUGUGGCGGAAGGCGACUACAGCAGCUGUGGCGCUGGCUCUUCCAGUGCUCGAGCAAUGCUCUCAAGCCGAUGCGGAGCCAAACGUCAAGCUCUCGUUGUGGACAGAGUAUGUCGGCGCAUUGAGUGGCGUCGUGAAGGCGAAAGGCAUCGACGAAGUCCAGGAUCCGGAUAAAGUCUACGAGGACGAGCUGUUCGAUAUUGAGAGCUUCUCGUCGAUCAAGAGAAUACUCGUCCCGAAUUUGGGAAUUCAGGAAAUACGCGACACCGUACGCACGCUGCUCGCACGCGCACUCUUCGAUGCUUCGAUAAUACAUGCCACGGAGAGUGGCGAGAUCCCAGGUGAGGACUGCUCGCCGUUGCAAGAUCUAGAUCGGAUACGCCUGGGCCGUGUGAGGCGAGUACCGUCUUCCCGGCGGGAGGACAUGUGCUAUGAAUGCAUUUCUGAAUUGGUCAGGCUAUCCACCAGCAACGACGACUCACCCGGAAGCAAAAGACUAGCUCAAGCUGCCGCUCCACUACUCAUCCUCCGCCUUGCCAUCCCAAUAAGAGCUUACAUCGCCGACCAGCCUCUUCGGGGACGACGACCACAGCCUCUUUCCGAAUUGGAAGAGCUACUGUACUGCUUCGAUACCGUUGCAAGGCUCGAGCUUCAUCCUGAAGCACUUGCUGGGGACAAUGUGGCCCAUCAAAGGCAGGGGAAGAAAGCGCACCUGCACUACCUAUAUCCUCUGCUGGUCAAGGCGGUUGGCACAGCUGGCGAUCGGUGGUCUGGAGCUGAUGAAGUGCUGACUCCGUUGCAAGCGGUGCUUCAGUCGAUCACGCCAUUGCCACAAGCCCGUAAUCUGGACGAGUAG